ACCCACCCCACCACCUAGAGAAGGCUCUUUAUUUUUCUCCCUCUGAUGUAUGAGCAAGCCAAAUGGUGAUAUCUCUGAAUUUGAAGCAGCUGAGUACAAGAUUUUGGAGACCAAGUAGCAGAUGCACCAAUUCAGGCCUGUUAUGUUUGACUAAGGCUAAUAGCAAGUGAGCAAUACAUGGAAAAAAUGUCAUAUUCCAUUGAUUUGAAUGAAGAAGCUAAUAACAAAAGGGAAACUGAUGACAUGAUUGAGAAAACAGCAGAAGGAAACAGUAGCUCUGAGGAUAUUGGAAACUAUGAAAACAAGAGCAACAGAGUUAGGCAAUAUGUUCGAUCAAAAUUGCCAAGGCUUCGUUGGACUCCUGACCUUCAUCUCUCUUUUGUUCGUGCCAUUGAAAGAUUAGGUGGUCAAGAAAGAGCUACUCCAAAAUUGGUUCUUCAGACGAUGAAUGUGAGAGGACUCAGCAUUGCUCAUGUAAAAAGUCAUCUGCAGAUGUAUCGAAGCAAGAAACUUGGAGAGUUUGGACAAGUACUUGGCCAUGGUCAUAGAGCAAUGCAAGGAAAAAGUUAUUUCUAUGGAAAUCUAAGCCAAAGAUUUAAUCCUAUUCAAGACUUCAAAAUGAAGAAUGGUGCAAUUGUAUUAGCAAGAAAUUUUAAUGAUGAUGACAACGUGAACCACCAUUUCCAAAAUUCAUUUGCAAGACCUCGACAUGAGACAAAGGAAAAAAUUUCCAGAUAUUUGGAAUGGACUUCUAAUCAAGGAACCAACAAUUUGUUCAGAAUGAAAAUCUUGCAAAAUGGAAACCAUGAAAUUGGUCCUGUUAGACAAAGCCAUUUUCUUGAAGAAAAAAGGUGGCCUCCAAUUAGUGAAUUUAAGGAAAAUCAAUAUUGGAAGGAAAAGAGGGUUUCUUUGUCAAAUAUUUCCUCCAACAAGAAUUCUCAAUCUUUGUUUCAACAAAACAAUUUUGUACAACAACCCAAGUGGAGGUGGAGAUAUAAUAGCCUUGAGCCAAAAUUUGAGACUCCUUUCAGACCCGAGAUGAAAAGAGAUAAGAGGUUAAGUGAAAAAGAUUGGUUGCCUGAUUUGCAACUAGGACUGAGCACAGUAGACAAUAAUAAGGAGCAAAUUCAGCAUAGUAAGAAGGAAUCAGAUUCAACAAUAAACACAAUGCUCUCUCUUUCUUUGCCUUCUUAUUCAUCAAGUGCAACCUAAGAGAUGGCACAUUGUGUUUGUCAAUACUGCUCGGACUCUCCAAAAAUAGUGUCACAUCCGUGUCGGAUCUUUAAAAAAAAAAAGCAUUAUUUUUUAUGGAUUCGACGACAUGCACCUAGCAAUAUUUUUGAAGAGUCCGAGCAAUAUAGGUGUUUGUGUAGAUUUCUAAAGAAUACAGAAACUUGAAUAGCUUGAUAUUUUGUUGAUAUAUUCAUAUGUAGGAGCAGCCUAGGAAGGAGGCUAGUACUUGAUAUCUGACUUUUUAUGCAUGCAUGUCAUAAAAGAACCAAAUGCAUUGGAGUGAGAUCUCCUAAGUAUUUGCCUUA